UCGUUCCUCGGGCCAAUUCAAUUUUGGGAAUUAGACAGUUUUCAGACGCCGAGCUGGAAAGACUGUUUUCUGGGCUCAGGUGAUUUUACAUCCGGGUUUCUCAGUGUCCUCUACUUCCGGGCGAGAUGUCCGAACCCGGAAUUUCGAGCAUGGUUUCGAACGGGUUGAGUCGGGACCGAAACGCCGCAUAUGUCAACGGCGGCUUCGAAGAUGUGGACUUGGAAACUGGGUUCCCUGCAGAGGAUAAAAGGGCGGCGGCUGAGGACUACAGUUUGUUUUCAAUGUUACCGAAUUCGGGACAAAUCCAGGACUUUAUCGAUAAUCGGCUGCCUGUAAAGGAGAUGCGGGACUACAAGCACGUGCUUCUGAGUCUCGUGUUGGGUGGCGGGUACAUCCUCUACUUCGCCUCCGUCAUGGUCAUCAAAACUAAAAUUGAGGAUACGGAUUACUGGUGUGACGCAGACGGGUUGCUUAUCAUCCUGACGAUACUAGUGGGAUUAGGACUCCUGUAUUUCCAGGUAUUCAAGCCAUUACUAGGCAAGAAAUUCACAGAAGUCGUCGUCAAACCGUGCAGUCGAACACUUCGCCCAUUCAUAAACGGUCGGUUCGCAAGUCUCAUUGGGUGCUUGCUGGUGGCCGCGGUGGUCGUCGUGGUGGUGGUCGUCGACUCCUGGAACGACCAGAUACGAAUGCAGAGCCUCAUUGGGAUAUUUGUGCUGCUGCUCCUCGGUUUCCUCUUCUCGGCGGCGCCACGGAAGGUGCGAUGGCGCCACGUGGCCUGGGGAAUGACGCUGCAGUUCCUGCUGGGCCUGCUCAUCCUGCGCUGGUCCGUGGGGCGCGCCGUGUUCCAGUGCGUGUCCGGGAAGGUGGCCACGUUCCUCGCCUACACCGACCAGGGCUCCAGCUUCGUGUUCGGGGCGCUCGUGUCCGAAAUGGGAAUCUUCGCAUUUUCGGUGCUCUCGGUGAUCCUGUUCUUCAGCUUCUGCAUCCAGAUCCUGUACUACUGGGGCGUGAUGCAGUGGGUCGUCAUCAAGCUAGGCUGGGUCCUGCAGGUCACCGUCGGCACCACCGCCUGCGAGAGUGUCAACGCCGCUGCCAACAUCUUCCUCGGGCAGACCGAAGCUCCCCUGCUGAUCAAGCCGUACCUGCCGCUUAUGACCAAGUCGGAGCUGCACGCUGUCAUGACGGGCGGCUUCGCUACCAUCGCCGGCUCCGUCCUGGCCGCCUACAUCUCCUUCGGCGUCGACCCCGCCCACCUCAUCUCCGCCUCCGUCAUGAGCGCCCCCGCCGCCCUCGCCUACGCUAAGCUCUUCUACCCGGAGACUGAGGUGUCGAGGACGACCACGAGUGACAUCCAGAUCGAGAAAGGCGAGGAGUCGAACUGGCUGCACGCUGCCAUGGUGGGCGUGACCAACGCCAUCCCGCUCGUGGCCAACAUCGCCGCCAACCUCAUCGCCUUCUACGCCUUCAUCGCCUUCUGCAACGGCGUCUUCGACUGGACCUGCACUCUGGCUGGGGCGGCGGAGGGCACGUGCACGCUCGAGUCGUUGUUCGGGUGGAUCUUCAUGCCGCUGGCGUGGGUAAUGGGCGUGCAGUGGGCGGAGUGCGAGAAGGUGGGCGAGCUGAUCGGAAUCAAGACCAUCGCGAACGAGUUCCUAGCGUACCAGAGGCUCUCCGAAAUGCUGAAGAACGGAGAACUGUCGAAACGCGCCGAGAUCAUCGCCACGUACGCCCUGUGCGGCUUCAGCAACCUCAGCUCCAUCGGCAUCAACCUGGGCGGCUUCAGCGCCAUGGCCCCCGACAGGAAGGCCGACCUGGCCAAGGUCGUCGUGAGGGCCAUGAUCGCGGGGAGCGCGGCCUGCUUCCUCACAGCUUGUGUGGCGGGAACACUUAUCAGCGACCUUCCCGAAAGCUAAACGAGACUAAACAGUUUUGUUUGGGGAAAGGAUGGUUCGAUGGGUCUUGUAUAUAUAGAAAUAAUUACGAAAAUACUUUAAGGCAGCUAGAGACAAUUUGUUAUCAUUUCUACUGGAAAGAAUGUUUUUUUUAUUAAACAAAUUAUAAUCAUUGUUAAAUUUAUCAGUAAUCAUGAUGUCAAUAUGGUUUUUAA